AUGCGUUACACCACUGCUCUCAUUGCUGCUCUGCAGGUCGCUAGCUUCGUCCAGGCCAGCCCUAUUCUCUCUGACAGAGACAUCGCUGCGCCUGUCGAUAGCCAGGCUCUCGACGUUCGCAGUCCUGGAGACAUCGCCAACCUCGACGCCGACAAGAUCGUCGACCUCGAGCGUGUUGCCUACAAGGGCGCCGUCAUCUUGCUUCACCUCUUCUACGACCUGGCUGUCAACCACGUCGUCUUCUACUGGACCAUUGACGGCACGACCCCGGCUCCCGGCAGCAUCCCUCUCGCCUUUGACGACCCUAUCGGCGGUGGUUUCCCUCUGAGACAGUACACCCACGACACUCGCUACAACCUUGGAAGUGCUAUGCGCCCUGGCGAUGUAAUCAAGGUCACCCCUUAG